CCCGCCCCACCCCGCCGCCGUUCAGCACCGCGGGGCGGACAGCUCCGAGCCCCGCUCCGCCGCCCCUGCGCCUGCCCCCCGCCGCGAUGGAGGGAGACGGUGCAAAGAUGAAUGCAGCUCGGAGAUCGGCCAUGCUGGCCUCGGAGGUGACUGUGCCUCCCACCGAGCCGGCCGCGAACGCCACCGGGACGCCCAGCAAGGAGGACGUCUUCUCCGACAUGAAGGACAAGUUCAUGAACAAGCUCAGCAAGUUGCCAAUCCCGCCCUGGGCCGUGGCCACCAUCCUGCUCGUGGUGGCUCUUCUCCUGCUCUGCUGCUGCGUCUGCGCCUGCAAGAAAUGCAGGAAGCGGAAGAAGGGGAAGAAGGGGAAGGAGAAAGCGAAGGCUCAGAUCAACCUGAAGGAGGUGAAGGACCUGGGUCAGAGCUACAUCGACAAGGUGCAGCCCGACAUUGAGGACCUGGACCCGGCGCUGCUGCCCGAGCCUAAGGACGAGAAGCCCCAGGAGAAGCUGGGGAAGCUGCAGUACUCGCUUGACUACGACUUCCAGAACGGGCAGCUGGUGGUGGGCAUCAUCCAGGCAGCCGACCUGCCGGCGCUGGACAUCGGGGGCACGUCCGACCCCUACGUCAAAGUCUUCCUGCUCCCUGAGAAGAAGAAAAAACACGAGACCAAAGUGCAUCGGAAAACCCUGAACCCCACGUUCAACGAGACCUUCACCUUCAAGGUAACGCAUGGGAUUCUGGGGGGGGCAGCAUUGGCUAAUGCGGCAGAGGGGGUCCCUAGAGGUAGGAUACCUGGGCGGGGGUUCUACAGACAAGCUGUCCCAGUCUGACUGUGCCACCUCCUCCCCCCCCCCCGUGCACCACAGCAGGAGAAGUUGGGGGACGUUUGCUUCUCCCUGCGCUACGUCCCCACAGCCGGGAAGCUCACAGUCAUUGUGCUGGAAGCCAAGAACCUGAAGAAGAUGGAUGUGGGGGGGGCUGCAGAUCCCUACGUGAAAAUCCACCUGAUGCAGGGGGGAAAGCGGCUGAAGAAGAAGAAAACGACCAUUAAGAAAAACACUCUGAACCCCUAUUAUAACGAAUCCUUCAGCUUCGAGGUUCCCUUUGAGCAGAUCCAGAAAGUCCAGGUUGUUCUCACCGUCCUGGAUUACGACAAGCUGGGGAAGAACGAAGCCAUUGGGAAGGUCUUUGUGGGCUGCAACGCUACCGGCACGGAGCUGCGUCACUGGUCCGACAUGCUGGCUAAUCCCCGGCGCCCCAUCGCCCAGUGGCACACCUUGCAGACGGAAGAGGAGGUGGACGUGGUCGUCGGCAUGAAGACCUCCUGAUGCCCCUUCCUCCCCCACAUCCUGGCCUAGCCGGCAGGCAGCCGUCCCAUCUCCCGUCCUGAGCGAGUGGGAACGUGUGGGUGAGGUGCCUCUGGAGAAUGCGUGUGUGGGGUUGCCUGUGAGCCUGUUUCCUCUUUCAGAGCUGUUCCUGUUGAAACAUCUUCAAGAAAACCUUCUGUUUCUGAUCCGCUGUGUGAACCGUGAGGUUUGCGUUGUGUCGAGAAGCUGGUGAGAAGUCUACUAUAGGGUUACUAUAGGUUUACUAUGGAGUUACCAUAGGGUUACUGUGGGGUUACAAUAGACUGCAGUAGGUUUACACAUCACGUUGUGCUGCCACAUUUGAAAACUGGGUCUUGUGUGUAAACCUAUUGUAAAUCUGUUUACUAAUAGCUUACAACAGGUUUACUUUAGGGCUACCAUAGCUUUGCACGGGUGGAUGUCCAGCUAGGCCUCAUGUAAAUCUCUUGUAAAUCUGUAGAGGAGGCAUCCUAGAGAUUUCCACCUUUGGAUCUCGCAAGUCUCCUGUGUGAAACGAUUGUAGCUGUGUUUACUAAGGGUUUACAAUAUACUCAUAUACUUGGAUGCUAUAGCACAGUGCCACCUUUGAAAAUUAAGCUUAAUCUGUAACCCUAUUGGACAUUUGAUUCCUAUAUGUUUACUAAUGGUUUACAACAGAUUCACUCCAUGGUUACACUUAGCUUCACAUGUUUGGAUGUUAUGGUAGGGUGCCAUAUUUUAAAACUGGGCUUCAUGUGUAAUCCUGUUGUAAAUCUAGUCAUAAUAGCUUUACUACUGAUUGGCUCCAGGUUCACUUACAGCUUUACACAAUGUGUUUAUUAUAGGCUUACAAUAUAUUUACUAUGGGUUUCACACAGGUAUACUUUGGGUUUACUACAGGUUCAUGACAAAUUUACUAUAGAUUUGUUGUGGUCUUAUGAUAGGUCUAAUAUAGGGUUACAACAGGUUACGGAGGGUUUACAACAGAUUUACUAUUACUUUACAUUUUAUUGAACAUUAAUGUAGUACAUUAUGACUACAUUUUACUGUAGGCUUACAAUGGGUUUACAACAGGUUCACUAGAGACUUACAACAGGUUCACUAUGGUUUUACUAUUAGCUUACAAACAUGUUUAUUUCAGAUUUACAGCAAGUUUGCUAUUAGUUUACAAACAUGGGUUUACAACAAGUUCACUAUGGGUUUACAACAGGUUUACUGUUGUUUUACAAACAUGUUUACUAUAGACUUACAACAGGUUUGCUAUAUGUUUACUAUAGGCUUACACUGAGUUUGCUGUGGGUUUAGAACAGGUUCACUACGGAUGUACCAGAUGUUUACAACAAGUUUACUAUUGGUUUACAAACAUAUUUUUCUAUAGUCUUACAACAGGUUUUCUAUAUGGCUACUACAGGCUAGCAGUGACUUUACCAUGGGUUUACAACAGGUUCACUACAGACUUCCAUGUUUACGAUAGGUUUGCAACAGCUUCAUGGUGGGUUUACAACGGGUUUAAAACAGGGUCACUAUGGGUUCACAGCAGGUAUACUAUUGGUUUACAAACAUGUUUAUUAUAGGCUUACAACAGGUUUACAACAAGUGUACACGAGGGCCAACAUUCAAAUACACCUGCCUUGCUCAUAGCGUCCCUCCUCUGGCUGCCUCAUGGUGCACAUUGGACAAUCGGUCCUCGGCAUUUAAAUCUACUGCAAACUUUACACAUGAGACCCAGCCUCCAAAUGCAGGCCCCUUUCGCACGGAAGCCCCCAAAUAGGUCCAUCCCUUUAAGGCACCAGUAUCGAAGAGCUCAGCUCCUGCCUUCUCAGUGUCCGGUGGGAUUAUCACCUGGCUCAGUUUAAUUCACCUCCGUUGAUGUUUUGUUUUGGGUUGUUUUCUGCUCAGCUUGUGCCAAUGAAAACUGGCCAAUCCAAUUCCCCAUCUAUUUCCUGUUGUACCAAACCUUGCUGCUGUUCAUCGAUACUCGCACUUGUUAGCUAAUUAACGUCCUGGGGCGGGGGGGGGGGACUUGGUAGGAUCACCCCUAGCUCUGGGAAUAUUAGAGCAGGGCAGGCUGGGAGCCAGGACUCCUGGGUUCUGUUCCCGGCUCUGGGAGGGGAGUGGUGUCUAGUGGUUAGAGCGGGGGAGCUGGGUCCUAUUCACCAUCUGACCUCUGGCAAGCCACUUCCUCUUCAUACACCCCUAAAACCAGGCUAACGCCCCAGCCUGAAGCCCUCAGACACAAGACUGCAAGGUAUUAGUACAACGCCCUCUUGGCUUUCGCUACCCAGACGUCUCCUGCUUGACCCCGGAGCCACCUUUCUUCUCGUGCCCCGUCUGGCUCUGUUUCAGUUCACGGGGAGCUUGGCUGUAUUUCAUUACUAAUAGCUUCCUCCAGCUAUUUAAUCUCCAAAGCAGAAUCUCCCAUUCCUGCCUUGUCCAGGGAUUUCUGUUCCUGGCAAAAUGAGCCCAAGAAGAAGGACCCCUCACCAGGCCAAGAAUGGUCAAUUUUGUCUCUUGUAUUGACCAAGAUAGCAUGUAUGGUACUAUCCUCCGAUUGUAGAAUUAGCACCCUUUGGGGACUAAAAAAUGCCUUUCAUCCCCCCUAUUUAAAUCUUAUCCCCUCCGUCUCCUCUCUCUGGUCCAGAGAGACAGGCAUGAUUGUAGGCGUGAUAGUGUCGUAAUUCCUUUGGCCAAGCCCUUGUUACCUCAAUAAUUCUCCAUCACCUUCCCCCCACCCCCACCCUCAACUUUUAGCCAUAAGCAAAGUGAAGAGCAAGAUGGCCUUUGUCAAGAUGGACGGAGGCAUUAAAUUACUUCCACUGACCAGUCCCUUAUAUCGCUCCAGCUCUCUUUAUCCCCUGGCCCCAACUUCUAGCAAAAACCAGAGAGAUUAUCAAGAGGGUGGCCAUUUGAGAUGAUGACCACCAUUCAAGAGGGUGGCCAUUCAAGAUGGGAAUGGUCACUCAAGAUGGGGAUGGUCAUUCAAGAGGGUGGCCAUGCCACAUGAUGGCGAACUGUGAGACAAUGCUAAAUACUAGUCCCCCCAAUCUCCUUUCCACCCUAAAUCCCAACUUCCAGCAACAACCGGUGCGUAAAUGCCCGGCGCAAACUGGCCUCUGCCAAGUGUUGAAGAGAUACUGUGUCCUAGCCUCCUCCGUGAACCCCUGGUUUGUGGUUCAAGACGACCGCCCCACUUCUGUAACAAUGGGUGUGCCAAAAACUAGAUGGCCACCACCAUGCUGUGAUAGACGCACUGUAAGAUAAUGGCAGACGGGAUCGUGUACAGGCCAAAGAGGACUGUUGUAACCUAUGACGUGUGUGGAUUCUAGCCCCGCCCUCCCAUUUUGAGGAACCUCCCUGUCCCCGCCCCUUAGCGGUGCUGUCCUUUAUAAGCCGCACCCCUUUUGAACAGGUUUUCAUAUCGAUGUCUUUGGCCGCGUGUCCGUUCAGAAAUAAAUCAAAGAGCUCUAUCUUUCAAA